AUGACGUAUCCCUCAUGGACAGACCGUGUGAAUGUGAGACUGGUGAAUGGCGACAGUCGCUGUGCUGGUAGAGUAGAAGUUCUUCAUGAUGGUCAGUGGGGAACAGUGUGUCAUUUUUCCUGGGAUAUGACUGAUGCUGCAGUGGUGUGUAGAGAGCUGAGCUGUGGAGAGGCUUUACAAGCACCAGGAAAUUCUUACUUUGGACCAGGAUCAGGAAAAAUCUGGAUGGAUGGCGUGAAGUGUAAAGGAUCAGAGUCUACACUGAAGGACUGUGGAUCAAAAGGAUGGGGUAAACAUAAUAACUACUGUGCCGAUCAUAAUAGAGAUGCUGGAGUCAGAUGCUCAAGUAAACUUGCUGAUGGACCUCACCUGUGCUCCGGGAGGUUAGAGGUGCUUUAUGGGAACACAUGGUACACAGUGUGUGCUGAUGCCUUUGACCAGCAGGAUGCAGAGGUUGUGUGUAGAGAGCUGGACUGUGGGGCUCCUGUACAGGUGCUGGGAGCAGCUGCUUUUGGCAAAGGAGACGCUCAGAUGUGGACACAAGAGAUUCAGUGCAGAGAGGAUGAAGCAACCAUUCGAUUGUGUCCAACUUCAAAUGACAUAAAGUGCUCUCAAGACAACAAUGUGGGACUGAUAUGUUCUGGUUACACUGAUCUCAGACUGGCCAAUGGUCUUGACAUCUGUUCUGGUCGAGUCGAGCGUCAGUACUUCAGUAAAUGGGGCACAGUGUGUGAUGCAUGCUGGGAAAUGAGAGCUGCCAGUAUCCUCUGUAAACAGCUGAAUUGUGGGAUUGCUGUGUCUGUUGUGGGAUCAGACUGGUUUGGAGAGGGAAGUGGUGAAAUCUGGGCUGAUGUGUUUGAUUGUGACGGGAAUGAAACAAAACUCUCAGAAUGUUCCAUCUCUUCAUGGAGUCGAGCUGAAUGUUCUCAUAGACGAGAUGUUGGAGUCAUCUGCUCUAAUUCCUCUCUGGCUCUUCAUGAUGGUCUAGUGCGGUUGUCUGGAGAGAGACAGUGUGAGGGGGAGGUGGAAGUUUUCAUUCAUCAGGUCUGGAGGAGAGUUCUGCUGGACUCCUGGAGUCUCACUGAAUCCUCUGUGGUCUGCAGACAGCUGGGCUGUGGCUCUGUACUCAACUUCUACAGCUCCUCUUCAUCCAGUCCUGAACACAGUCAUGAGUGUGUGACGGGCUUCCAGUGCUCUGGGAGUGAAGCUCAUAUGGGGAACUGCAGCUCUCCACAAACUCUCAACUGCAGCUCCACACAACAGCUGUCAAUCACCUGCCUUGAUUUGCCAGUGUUCAGUACUUCUGGUGCAUCGAGAUCAGUCGCUCCUCCACAAACUCCUCCAACAGGGUCUCUCUCUAUCCCUCCAGUGCUUGUGAUUGUUCUGGGAGUUGUGCUCUUACUGUUCUUAGUGCCACUGCUUAUACUGAUUCAGCGAAAGAGAGUGAUGAGGAGAGCUCUCUCUGACUGGUACACAGAACUACACAGGACACACACUGAGGCCAUUUAUCACGAGAUUCAUCACAGACAACAUUACUUCACUCAGCAGGAGAGAGUUCAGGAGGAGUAUGAUGAUGUGAUGAGUGUCAGUGAAGAUGUGAGAAACCUGUUGGGGAGUCUCAUCUUUGAAGAACUGUAUUCUGGGUAUGAAGAUGCUGAUGAGCUUCUCUCAGCAAAAGAGUUCAAGACUGCAUAUUAUGAUGAUGUCACCAAUGGCAGUGGCCUAAAAGAAGAGAUGCUGAAGGAAAUCACACCGGGAUACUAUGAUGACGUCAUCACUGAUGGACUGAAAGCAGAUCGUGAGACAGGUGUCCCGCCGUCUUACGAGUUGGUGUUUUUUCAAUACCGUGUGAAUGUGAGACUGGUGAAUGGUGACAGUCGCUGUGCUGGUAGAGUAGAAGUUCUUCAUAGAGGUCAGUGGGGAACAGUGUGUCAUUUUUCCUGGGAUAUGACUGAUGCUGCAGUGGUGUGUAGAGAACUGAGCUGUGGAGAGGCUUUACAAGCACCAAGAUAUUCUUACUUUGGACCAGGAUCAGGAAAAAUCUGGAUGGAUGGCGUGAAGUGUAAAGGAUCAGAGUCUACACUGAAGGACUGUGGAUCAAAAGGAUGGGGUAAACAUAGUGACAUCUGUGGUCGUCAUAAUUAUGAUGCUGGAGUCAGAUGCUCAAAAACCAUAAACUAUGGACGAUUUACAAGACUUGCUGAUGGACCUCACCUGUGCUCCGGGAGGUUAGAGGUGCUUUAUGGGAACACAUGGUACACAGUGUGUGCCGCUGCCUUUGACCAGCAGGAUGCAGAGGUUGUGUGUAGAGAGCUGGACUGUGGGGCUCCUGUACAGGUGCUGGGAGCAGCUACUUUUGGCAAAGGAGACACUCAGCUGUGGACACAAGAGAUUCAGUGCAGAGAGGAUGAAGCAACCAUUCGAUUGUGUCCAACUUCAAAUGACAUAAAGUGCUCUCAAGACAACAAUGUGGGACUGAUAUGUUCUGGUCGCGGGUCCAUCAGGCUGGUGGGUUCUGGGGGAGACUGUGCAGGGAGACUGGAGGUUUUUCACAGCGGCUCAUGGGGGGCAGUGUGUGAUGACUCCUGGGAUAUUAAAGAUGCCCAUGUGGUGUGCAGACAGCUGCAGUGUGGAGUGGCCCUCAGUAACCAGCAGGUACCAGCCUGGUUUGGUCCUGGUUCUGGACCCAUAUGGCUGGAUGAGGUGGAGUGUGAGGGGAAUGAGACGUCCCUGUGGAGCUGCUCUUCUCCAGGCUGGGGAAAACAUGACUGUCAACACAAGGAGGAUGUAGGAGUCGUGUGCUCGGAGUUUAAGGAGAUCAGGUUAACUGAGGGCUGUGAAGGGAAUGUGGAGGUUUUCUACAAUGGAUCCUGGGGAAAUUUAUGUUACAACCAGAUGAACACAGACACAGCGAGUCUGAUCUGUCAAGAGCUGAACUGUGGAAGAUCUGGCAGUGAACCCAUUUAUUCAGAGGGACUGAAGCCUCAUAAUUGGCUUGAUAAACUUAAUUGUCGACGACAUGAUUCCACUUUAUGGCAGUGUCCUUCUUCACCACAGCGAUGUCCAUCUUCACCCUGGGGACAGAAUGACUGUGAUAAUGAAGUGGCCAAAAUCACCUGCUCAAAGGAGGAGAAUCAGGAGUCUCUUCAGAGUCGUCUGACAUGUUCAAUCUCACCAUCUCUUCACCAGAAACAGUGUUCAAAUCAUCUUCCUCUCAGACUGAGUGGAGGGGAGGGCCGGUGCUCUGGGAGGCUGGAGGUGUAUCAUAACGCUGUGUGGGGCUCAGUCUGUGAUGAUCAGUGGGACAUCAGCGAUGCUCAGGUGGUCUGCAGGCAGCUGGGUUGUGGAGCAGCACUGAGGGCUGAUGGGAAUUCAGUCUUUGGUGCUGGUGAAGGUGUUGUGUGGAUGAACAGAGUCGAGUGCAGAGGGAAUGAGAUUCACCUGUGGGACUGUCCGCUCUCCCUGAAAAAACACACUGACUGCUCACGCAAAGAGCAUGCUGGACUCACCUGUGCAGAUGUGUUAGUGUCCACUACUCCUGCCACAACAUCAUCAGCUUCUCCUCCAGUGCGCUCAACAUCAGUCACUCCUCCACAAACUCCUCCAGCAGCGUCUCUCUCCGUCCCCCCAGUGCUUGUGAUUGUACUGGGAGUUGUGCUCUUACUGCUCUUAGUGCCACUGCUUAUACUGAUUCAGCAGAACAGAGUGAUGAGGAGAGCUCUCUCUAAGAGGAGACACAGGACGACGACUGAGGCCGUUUAUGAGGAGAUUCAGCACAGACACAAUCACUUCACUCAGAGGGGGCGUCUCAUCUCUGAAGAACUGCAUUCUGGGUAUGAAGAUGCUGAUGAGCUUCUCUCAGCAAAAGAGUUCAAGACUGCAUAUUAUGAUGAUGUCACCAACAGCAGUGGCCUAAAAGAAGAGACGAUGAAGGAAAUCACACCGGGAUACUAUGAUGAUGUCAUCACUGAUGGACUGAAAGCAGAUCGUGAGACAGGUGUCACUCUGAUAUUCUACAGCAGCAUUUAA